AUGGCGGCCGUUACGGGGGCUUGCGUGUCCGCGGCGGUGCGCGGGGCGGUGUGCGGCGUGCGACGCGCGCGUGGGGAAGCCAGGUUUCUGUGCGAUGGCAGCCUCAGUCGCCUCGCUCGGUGGCUGCGCCUUCUUGGCGUGGACGCCGCGCUGGAGGAGGGGCACGGCGGGAGACGCAAUGUCGACGCCUUAUUUGAGCGCGCCAGGCGCGAGAGGAGGAUCCUAGUCACAAGUAGCACUACCGUGUGUCGUCGCGCAAAUUGUCCGGAGAGCUUUUUUGUGCGCCCGGGCAAGAUGGGGCAGAUGGAGACGUGCUUGACGACGCUGCUGAAUUGUUAUGGCGUUCGGUUGGAGGAGGACAUGAUACUGUCGAUGUGCGGCAAGUGUGGGGAGGCGAUUGAAAGAAGGGGCGAGGGUGGGCCGAAGGAUACCGAGUUGUUUACGUGCGGGGGUUGCGGGUGGGUGUAUUGGGAGAGCACGUCCGGAAAGGGGAGCAGUGUCAAGGCAAGAAAGUUGGCAAAGAGGCUUUACAAGGCAGUGGAAGAGGGCCGCAGGAAGGCGGGAGCGGAGGUACGGAGAAGGGAGAGGUGUAGCAAUGAGUUUCGGGGGGGUUUGAAAGACUGUGACUGUACGGCACAGGAAGGGAGGCGGGGGGAGUACUGGUUGAGGUACGAGUCAGCUUUCACGACUGUGCAUGGGCGAGAGCCGGAAUAUACAAACGUGAAUGGCGAUUUUAAGGGGACGUUGGAUUACAUUUUUGUUGGAGGAACGGCGAAGGUGACCGCUGCCGAGGUCAUUGAGACGGUGGUAGGGGGGGGGUGGCCUAGCGACCACUCAAUGGUCAAGGCCGAGGUGAGUGUUGAAGAGCUGCCGGUGGGAAGGGCAGGAUUUUCACGAACGCGGUCUUGCCCGCUUUGGUAG